AUGACAGCAAACCAGUACCAACUACAAGACUUGACUGGACCCUCAAUUCAAAGGACCUCCACCGAUACACCCUUGAAUUCAAAUUACGAUGAUGAUGAUGUUGUUGAUAGCGAUAUCGAAGCCCAAAACAGCUAUAAAUACACCAGCCAACUCUCAUUAUCCAGAAGAGUAUCAACUUAUUUUUUACGGAGAUUGAAUUGGAAGCUCAUAAUUGCAGUAAUCGUAUUGUUGGUGGUAGCGGGAAAUGUGAUUAUUGGCCUAAGGAACCAUAGGAUGAACUCGGAUAAUGAUGAGUCAGUAUUGAGCAUCAAGGACUAUUUCAAGCACUUUAAAGAUAACGCAGAGAGUUCCAGAGAGCGUUUAGCCGAGUAUGUGCCCAGUUAUUUGAAGAUUGGUGGAGAAUACGAGGGACCACCAUCUGAUUGA